AUGGCGCCACAGCAGAUAUCCCAACGCGCUAGCCCGUAUCCCAAAACUUAACUUUUCGUCAUAAAAUCGCUCAGCGUGCAUUUCUCUUCUCAAACUGGGGUUUGUUUUAUCUUGACUUCCCGGCUAAUUAUUAUGUCCAACUAUUUCGUGCUGAUUAUUUGUAUUCUCGGUGUCCUUUUGACAUGAGGCUGCAUUGCUGCAGCGCGGUGGAGUUUCAGUGAUAACAGAUGGUGAUGUAACGAUAACGAUCGGAAGUGUCCUCUUUAUUUCAUCUUAAAUCCAAUCGGAGCCAUGUUCAAAGGUGUUGUGGCGACUCUCCUGAAUCGCUAUUUUGGAAAAUACGUCGAAGAUCUCGACAUUGAGAAUUUGAACGUGGGGAUUUUCAGCGGCGAUGUACAGCUGCAAAACCUCAAACUGAAACCGGAGGCUUUCUAUGAGCUGGAAUUACCGAUUGAAGUGAAGGUCGGACUCAUCGAGAAAGUGUCCGUCAAUAUACCGUGGACUGGGUUCCAGACGAGUUCAAUUAAAGUACUAAUAGAGGGUGUUUACAUAAUCGUCGGACCUGUGACGGACAGACCUUACGACUCUGAAAAGGAUAAAAGGUUACUACGAGCCUUUAAAAGAAGGAAGAUAGAACUCCUUGAGGAUGAAAAUCUACUUGGAACAGACGCACCGGAAACCAAAAAUUUCCUCGAGAAUCUGAUAACAACCAUAAUGAACAAUCUGCAGAUAUCAAUUCACAACGUGCACGUCAGAUAUGAGGACUCUGGCUCAAGUAUCGAAUAUCCGUUAGCUGUGGGAAUAUGCCUGCAAAGUUUUUCAAUACAAACCACCAACAGUAAGUGGAAACCAACUGUUCCCGAUUCGCAGUCCUCGGCCGUGUAUCAGCUAAUUAGGAUAGAAUCAUUCUCAGUCUAUUGUAAUCCGACUUGCUCCAAACUAGUGUCUCAGACGGAGGAUCUGGAGAACUUGCCGUUUCACGUCUGGUGCAAUAGUUUGAGACAAGGGCUCGAAAGUUUCAGCGUCGAGGAUGAAAAGUUGGAUCUCAUAAUCAAACCCAUCUCCGGCAAGAUUAAACUCAUCGUAAAUAAAUCAAAGGAGGGCAUGGUUCCAAAAUUGCUUGUCGAUUUCGUUAUUCAAGAUGCUGCGAUCCAAUGCUCAAAGUUCCAGUAUGUUUCCAUUUUAGAGAUGAUGGAAUCUUUUCAUAGGAUCAAUAUCAACAGAAAAUACAGAAUUUUUCAUCCUUAUGUGCCUGUUAGUAAGAACACUAAACAAUGGUGGAAUUAUGCCUUCAAAUCUGUGGCAGAAGCUCAGAUCAGACCGUACACGUGGCAUCAUAUCAAACAGCAUAGGCUCAACUAUCGUAACUAUAGGGAUGUUUACAAAAAGACGCUAUUGGAACCCACUAAUUCUGAGCUUAAACUAGAUUUACAAAUUUUAGAGGACACACUCUCCAUCACUGACAUCAUCAUUGCCAGAGAGCACGCCAAAAUACUCCUCAGAAAAGAAUUCCCAGAAAGAGUCGCAGUGUUAGAGAAAGGGAAAAAAAGCUGGCUCACGCACGAUACAAAAACAUUCUCUGAAUUGGUUGUGCUUUCUGAGAAAGGGAGAGGACUAUGGAGUCAGCUCUCAACGGUGGAGAAAACAACCCUUUUUGAUGCCAUAGGUUAUUCUGAGAAAGCUACGGUUGAUACAAUUGAGUCGGAGAAAUAUGUAGAGCAUAAAUUCAAUUUUACCAUUGCAAACUUCAGUGUUAGUUUGAUCAAUCGAGGGAAUGAAAUCCUUGUCCUCACACUAACACAUUUUCUUGUAAGCUUGGAAGUUAGACCUGCUGUGAAUGCUUUUAAACUUUCUACUAGAACUGACAACUUAAUGGUAGAAGGUGUAUCCAUAGAAAAGGACUUAGUCCCUGUUGUAACAUCAGAAAACCUCUUCUCAGGUCAUUCGGGAUCAAAUUUUCUGGCAUUGGAUUUUCAAAAAAAUCCAUUGAACGCAGAUUAUGAAGUUACUUUGGUACUAGGAGCCACUGAAGUUUUUUAUAAUGAGUUUGUAAUAGCAGAACUUAUGAAUUUCAUCCAAGCUCCUAUGAUAGAUUUGAAAUCAGCAAUUCAAAUUAAGUUUGAGAGGGUGUCAAAAGUUCUCCUUUCCCUAACAAAGAAAGUUUUAGGAAGACAGGAAACGGUUCAACUCAAUUUAGAUUUACAAUUGCCAUAUCUAAUCCUACCAGAGUUUGGCUCUGCUCAGAAAGUUGGAAACUUGCUGAUAAUUGAUCCUGGACACCUUGUCCUGAAAACUGAAUUAGAGUUAAAUGACAUCAAUUUGGAAGAUGCAACCCAGAUGGAAAUCGAAGAGAAACUGUACGACCGCUUUUAUUUAGAUGUAACCGAUUUUCAACUAUUAUUUGUUUCUUCCAAAGAUGACUGGAAAAGCUUAAAAUCAUUACCCGACUCGCAAGUUCACAUAGUUGCCAAAACCCUGUGUCAAAUUGUUUUAUCAAACAGUUUGAGGCCUGAUUACCGUCAAUUACCAAAACAUAAACUAAAUAUUAAUUUUAAAACUCUAAAAUUAAAUUUAUCGGAUCAAAAAAUUGGUGCUUUUCUAGAUUUCUCACACAAUUUUCCUUUGCCGUCUGCAAAACCGUUUAACAGGAGUUUUUCAAACUCAUCCGCCAAGUAUGUUUUUGAUUAUCAUGAAGUUUUGCCGGGAGAUCCAUCCACAAAAGAACUGCAGAACAUCAAGCACCACAUCGUUGCAGCUGAGUUGAAAAUAACUGCCCCUGAAGUCACUCAAAAUUGUGCAGCACCGAAGUUAGCCCUUCUAAAUGUUGACAAGAGUUUCAUCUCCUCAGAUCUCAGCGAUGAAGACAUGGAGCUGUGGGCAUGCAAAGUUGAUCUACCUGGUUUUGAUGAUAAUAUUUCCCCCAAUAAUUUAAACCUUUUUCUAUUCAGAUUUGUGAUUUCUCAGAUUGCCAUUGAUCUGAACCGCUCAAGUGAUAACACUGACAAAGGAUAUUUACAGUUGAAAAUUGAGAAGUUUUGUUUGGAUGUAGCAGUUAUGGAGUACGGUCCUGCUAUGCAAGCAUCCAUUUAUAGCAUUUCCAUUCUAGAUUUGCUCCAUAAAACAGCCAAUGGUGAAAGUUUAAAAUUACUGUUGACUGAGUCUUCAACGGAGUUUGCAUCUUUACUGUACCGAAAGGUCAGUUCAAACUGUCCAGAUUUUAAAACGCACUUUCAUAAUGUGGAACAAUCUUUAGUUCUUGAUUUUUCUAAAUUUUCACUAACAUUUCAUCGCGGUGCGUUCAUUACUCUUCAUAAAUUUCUACAGUACGUCAUUCAAAAGGUCAAAAGUCGACUACACAGUUUCAAUGCUCAAGGAUUUAAAAGUUUGUUGGACGGUUGUCUCCACAGUUGGCACAGUAAACCUGAGGCUCCGAUCCCUCCUGGAGCUACAAAAUUCAGCUAUUCAAUUCGUUUUUCAGAACUCUUCAUUAGGUUAUGUAACGCCGACAGUGAUUUCUUGGAUUUCAGACUUGGUGGGUUUGAAACGGACUGCACUUUCAAGGCAAAUGAGCGAAUGAUUUUACGAGUUUAUCUCAUGAAUAUAGGCAUUGAUGAACUCUCAGGAUGUCCCCUAUAUCAUAAGGUUCUAAGUAUGGAAGGAGAUAAAGUGUUGGAUUUACGGUAUGUUCGCCAUAAUCCACGAUUUUACGAAGCAGCUACUAUUAAUUGCAAGAGAGACGAUGUUAAGUCAGAUGGGAAAUUGAAACUGCAUCUUGAAAAAAUCCAGAUUGUUUUCUUGAAAAAGAAUCUUGUAGAGUUGCAGCAUUUUAUGGAGCCGUUUAUCAAACCUGGGCUAAUGUCUUAUGGUUAUCAUCACUGUCUUAAAAUGGUGAAAAAUGCUGCUGCGUCCCUUCGCACCUGUAGUACACGGCUCCAUUUUUCCAUUCUCAUUCAUGCUCCUGUCUUAGUUCUGCCGCAAAAUUCUUUGUCGCCAAAUGGUAUUUUUAUUAAUUUAGGUGAUUUAAGUAUAGAGAACUUUUUCAAAGAGGCCCCUUCGUCAAUUCUGAGUAAUUGCGAUCAUAAUUCCAGACCAAUUAUUGAUAAUAUUCUGAUCAAACUAAGUUCACUCACAAUGUCUCGAGCAAUCAUGAUGUUAAAUGGCACUUUGGUAGUACAGGAGCCACUUGUCGAGCCUUUCAACGUUAUACUAGAUGUAAAGCGGUCAGUGGCAUAUCAUAAUUUUAUUUCUUGUCUACCUAAUCAUUACUUACAAUCAAAUCAACUCCUAUUUUACAAAGUUACUGGAAAUAUUGAUCCUAUUAUCAUCAAUCUGGAUCAAAAAGACCUGUCCACAAUCCUGUCCAUUUGGUCUGAUAAUUUUUGCGGGAGCUCUUUCUUGAAGUCAAACGAUUUGCACAGAUGGCACUUGAUUUCUCCAUUUGAACAUGGCGUCUCAACAGGACAAGCAGAGGAUCACAAUGUGCGAAAGCUGCAAGCGUUCCUCUAUCAGCACGAGCAAAUACGCAAAGAAAUCAGUUUCUCAAUCGGUUUAGAUAGCCUUCAAUUAUGUCUUUACAGUGACACUGAGGAGAUGCUGAGCUCCCCAAUUCGUGAUUUAAAUCAUGCUUUGUGCAAAUUAGAAAUGAGAGAAGCAAGUUGUUUGCUGGACGUAUUUUCAGAUAGGAGUGAAGAAAUGAAAGCUUCACUACAAAGUUGUGUACUUCUUGACAUCCGUUUGGACAAUAGUAGUGCCAUAAAAAAAAUCUUUCAGAGUCAUAGCUGCAGUAACCUGUCAGCGGGUGAUAACAUCAAUGUAUCAACUCCACCAAUCAUUGACGUAACUUAUCGGCAGACUUCUUCCGGCGAUCGCUGUUUGGACAUCUUGGUGGAGCGAACGCGGCUCAAUCUUUCUGUAUCAUUUCUCAUCGAUAUGAUCCAAUUUAUAAUGGAAGCUCUGCCUUCCGACAAACAAUUUGAGGGUGGAAUCAUAAAUCCUGGCUUUGUGGCAGAAGUUUCCUCACAGAAGAGGUGUCAGUUUGAAGGGGCGCAUCUAGGACGCCCGUCCUCUGCUGAUAGUACAAGUGAAUAUUUUUCAUCCGGAGCAUCUUGGGCAGACUCAGAAACUGGUUUAUCCUUAUCUAUCAAAUUACGAAGGCCAGAAAUCAUGCUUUUCACCACCAAAAUAGCUCUUCUGGUACGGACAGAAUUCUUGCUCGAUUACAGCAGGCACUCUGGUCGCGAAUCAUUAGUCUGCUCCCUAUCAGGACUGCAUAUUUUGUCAAAAAUUCAAAACAACCUUUGCCCGAAAUCUACUUACCUGGUGCUGAAUCCGUGUGAUAUUGAGGUUGAAAAAACCUUGCGCUUUUCGGACGAGGGAAUGAAAAUAACCACGUGUGUGAGCUCCAUCAAUUUAAAUCUCUCAACAACUAUUGUGCAGACUGUUGUGGAGAUAGUGAACGAAGUCUGUGAUACUUUAAGGAUGAAUGAUGACAGCCAUGAUUUGAAGGAACUUUGUGGUGACAGUGACUACGAAAAUCUCUGGUGCCCGAAAAAGAUUUCUCCAAGCCUGUACUUUGAUGCACUGAACACAAACAUCUGUUGUAAUACUUACUGUCCAAAGCUCAAUGAAUCUUUCACAAUUUUUCUUCCAAAAAUUCGAGUGCUCUUUGAGGUGGAGGACUUUAGUCAACGGAUUCCAGUCUUGUUGCUCACUGCUAAGUUUGAAACAAACAUGAAAAAUUGGUCAAGUGAACUACAACUGAAGAUGGAGCUCCUGCUAGAAGCAUCCUGUUACAAUGGUGAUAAACGAGUGUGGGAGCCGGUGAUUGAACCUGUUUCGGAGGUGGAAAAUGUUUAUCGGCCCUGGAGGAUCACGAUGAAAGUAUUAACGGCAAAAGCAUACCCUCUAUCAAACCACUUACACUUAAACAAGAAAAGUAAUGAGAAGGAUCGAAGUAGCUGUAGCGAAGUUAAAUCCAGUGACUCUCGGAGGCACAAGUCUAACUCCAUGGACUCAGAUACGUCAGAUGAUGAGAGUGGAUGCAAAAAUGGUUCAAUGAUUUUCAUCAGGAAGCAUCACGGAAAUUCACUCCGUCCUGGAAAACAAGAUGAACGCAACAGCCUCAUUGGUUUUCCUGAAGAUUCAGACUCGGAGAAUGAAAAUGCUGUCAUCGAAAAACUAGCAAACGCUGUUGGUCAUCUAUUUACAGGUGAAAGUCUGGAUAGUGAAAGUAGUGAUCAAGAAAACUCCAGUGAAGCUGAACAUUCAAUUGAAACCGAGGAAGAGACUGAAAACGAAGUCAGUGUAGGAGCAAGCACAGUCGUUGGCACUCAAGAACGAACAGUUUUUCUGAACAAUCGAAGUGAUUCUUUAGAUUCAGGGCUAGAACCAGAGAUGCAAACAGAAAAGACAGCCACCUAUUUCAUAAUUGAGGCGAAAGACUCAUUAGAAAUAAGUCUAUCAUCAAAUACAAUUCGUGUUUUGACUGAAUUGAUGGAUGCCUACAUCACAAAGACUCCGCUGCCUCAAAUUCGCACAAAUCAACUAAGUUUGCACAAUGAUAUCGCUCCUGACUCUGUCAUCACUCUUUUCCAAAGAACGAAGGGUGGCGGGUCUAAAGUGCUCAUCAGAUCAUCAUACAGCAUCUCUGACUCAACUCCUAGUGGCUCACAAUCUGGCUCAGUUACCCCUGACACUAAAAAUUCCGGAUUUGAAAAUGAUAUUGAAAGUUUCGAAGGAGGCUUUGCUGCUUUAUCAUCAAAUGAAAAAACACUUGAUGGUGAAGUGAAUUCAAAUUUUGAAUUGAUGACAGACACAAUUACCAAUUUGUACAAGAAAGUGGCCGAUUAUUACCUACAUAUCAAUGUUCCAGGAUUCGAUGUUCUCAGAGUUUUAUGCCCUCAAAGAACUGUGUCGAAAUUUCACUUACUGCAACCCAUAAAAAAUAAUACCCGCUAUUAUAUUAGCCUUGAUAUUCAGGCCAAUGAGUUCAAAAGAGUGAUUCAUGUGCGGUCCCCAUUGCAGGUAAAGAAUGACACUCAAUUUCCCAUCGGAUUAUAUUACAAAAAAGAAAAUCUUUCUGCUCUUGGCUACGAACCAAUCGGGGAGUCUAUCAAUCCAUUCGACGAUUUCAAUCGGAUCGCCAUUCUCGAACCAGAUCAGACUUAUACGGUGCCUUUACUUGUCGCUUACCACUGCCAUAUAUUUGUCAUGCCAACAUAUGUAGAGAGUUAUCAUGUCAGUGAAACUGGCCUUUGGUGGCAGGAGAUGGCAUCUCAGAUUCAAAGACCUGUAGAUCUUGUAUGUAAACCAAAACUAACUGCAGCCAACAGUUUCUCAAUUCGGGCUAUAUGUGUCGAGAAUGUGGCUGCAUCUUGUCGAGCUUGUCGCGCUGUUCCCAAUUUCACCCUGCACCUUUUACCCUCUGUGACUAUUUUUAAUCGUCUUCCACUAAGCUUAAGAAUUUUACUGCCUGCCCCAGAGCAAGCUCUUGAAAUCGAACCUGGUGGCAAAGCUGUCACGCACUGCUUUGAUCUUUCCAAACUCAAUAAAGUUUCAGUAGAGGUAGUGAACUAUCUUGGUUGCUCGUGGUGUGGAUCUUUUAACCUCACAGUUGAUGUAGUUGAGAAAACUUUGAUGAUGACUCAGUCGCAGCAAGAUAAUGAUACUGAUAUUAAGCAGAUGUUUUUAAAUGCUCACAUCGACAGGAUUGCAUCUUGCAACAUCACUCUAUUUACACAAUAUUGGAUCGCCAACAAAACCGAGCUUUUCCUUCAAGUGAGGGCCUCUUCAUCAGACUCUGUCCUUGACAUUAAGGGCGAGGGACCCCUGUUCUUUUGUUACCGAAAGCAAAGGCAGAGAACUAUUCGUUUGAGGGCGAAUGAGUCAUCGUGGUCAUCAGCUUUUUCCAUUGACACUCUCAACUGUCCUGGCAUCGUUAUUUGUCGAGACAAAGAACGAAACAAGAGCUACCGGAUACUGAUGAAUAUUAGCACCUCUUCGUCCAGCCCUCAUUUAACAAAAGUCAUCAAAUUUUUACCAAAUUUUUUGGUCAGUAAUCAGUGCUUCCGACCUCUCAGGUUCAUGGAAAACAAUGAAAAAGCUGAUUUAUGGUUUGAUCUACAACAUGGACAGAGUGUCCCAUUUUGGCCAGAGACAGAGUCAAUGUCAAUGUUUGUAAAAUUUACCGACAGUAAACUAGUAUCGCAGCAUUUUUCAAUUUGCACCACUCAGCAAACAGUAUUACGUAUGGAUAAGGGGACAGGACUUGUCGUUGAUGUCAGUGGCGGUGAGACUAAACCCUUCACAAUUUUGUUCAGAAGAUAUUAUCCUGGAGAUGCCCCCUUACGAAUUGACAAUCUGUGUCAAGACUUAUUCUUGAAGAUUCAUCAACAGUAUCUAGGGCAGGUUGCGUUAUUAAGCCCCUGCCAGUCACUUUUGUACACCUGGGAUGACCCUGCCAAAGACAGAGUGUUGGUCUGGAAUGUUUAUAACAAAAAGUGCUCUGGGUUUUACGCAAAUUUUGGAAAGGAUGGUUAUGGCCAAGAGCGGGUUAGUUUUCACAUGGUGAAACCACAGAAUAAUCAACAAACGUUAACAGCAGUAGGUGCUAAAUUAUCGGCCGGAUUGAAAAAACUUUCUGUUGGCCGGCGGGAAGAGACAAACAGUGUUAAAAGCAGCAGUAGCGAUGAUUCUGACCUGGAUGAAAAACCUCAGCUCACUAAGAAGACACGCAAGGACAAAGUGAUGGUUUAUUGGGUGAGCUACUUAGAAGGAUUUCAGCGAGUCCUCCUUUUCACACAAGAUGAAAAACUUGCAUUUCAAAUGAGGAAAAAAAUUGACUUUGAAAAAAGCAAUAUGGAAUUGUUUUUCUCUUUGAAAGGCAUCGGAAUUUCUCUGAUACAUGAAAGAAAUUCUCGACAGCAAGAAGUUGUGUACUUGAAUAUACUGGACUCAGCCGCUCUUUGGGAAGUUUGUGUUGCUCAUCGCUGGAAGCUCUUGACUUUAGAAUUAGCCUCAUGGGUGGAAGCAUCAUGGCUCAGUGGUUCAAAAAAAGCGCAGUUAAAAGACUAUGUCCAGAUUGACUUUGAAAAAAUGCAGAUGACCAAGCCCUUUUUUGGAGAACUGAGACGUUUUUACAACCCUGCUGUCUGGUUCCAGUUACGAAAAUCAGACCAUUACAUUUAUUGGCAAUGUAAAAUUCACAAGUUGCAGGUCGAUAAUCAGUUACCGGAGGCCAUUUUUCCUGUUGUCCUUUACUCUGUUGCCACUCCUCUUCCAGUAUUGCGUAAAACUGGGCCAAAACCUUGCAUCAAUGUAUCAGCAAUGAAACGGAAUCAGCCCAUUCAAAGCCAGACUGUGUUUAAAUUUUUAAGAGCGUCAUUUCAGGAAUUCAUGAUUCAACUUGAUCGUGAUUUUAUUUCAUCUGUGUUUUUGCUCCUGUCGCCUUUGAUAAAGGAAGAAAAACCAUCUAUUCGAAUUCGGCAUGAUAUAGCCGCCAUGCAUCAGCCUGUAGUGGUCAAGAAUGUCGAUGAGAAUUUCUCCUCUGAUCGAACAAUCAUUGAGCAGAUUGCCAUUCCACCGCUAAAUUUCAUCGUCAGCUACUCUCAAACAAGCAGUGACCUCAAUACAAAUUCAGUCAAUCAAGCAUUGACCAAUUCUUCCUAUGCUGCGGAUAUUUUGUUCUACGUUUUGGAAGUUUUAGCCCCGCUCAUUAACGACAUCAAAUCUGUUCGUUUCAGGACUAUGUGCUUCAAGCAGUAUGGAAUCAGCAAAAAUCUUCACACAGUUCUGAGAAAUGUAGCACAACAUUACUCUACUUACCUGAUGCAACAGCUCUAUGUAAAUGUUCUGGAGUGGGAUGUUUUAAGCAGUCCAUACUCGGGUAGUUUCAGGCAAUCAUCGGAGGAAGCAUCUUUGAAUUUUAUGGAGCAGAGAGAGCUGGAAGAUGUUGAUGAGCUAUCAGAGGGCCUUUGCACGAGUGCUAAGUGUUUGAUGGGUCAUAUUGUUGGUUGCUCUACAGCAAGUGCCUUGAUCAUGUCAACGUGCAAUGAUUCAAAUUCAAGCAUGCUCAGCUUCAAUGAAGACUCAAAAAAGAAAAAUGUAUUCUUUCCACAACAAUCGACUCUCCCUGGAUUUAUCGUAUCAGCAAACAACACACUUGAAUUGGGAGUGAUGCUAGGUUUUUCAGGAGUUACUGUUAAACACAGUGCCGGGACUCAACAAGGAGGCAUAGACAAUUUCUUUCGGGGUGCAGGUAAAGGACUUUUUACUUUGCUCAGCCAACCAUCAGUCCAAGUAGGAGAUGUUGUAGAAAUGUCCAAAAAUAGCAUAAGAAGAGCUGCUGAGAUGGGUGAGGAAAUUAUUCUUCGAUCCAGGCUGCCAAGACAUAUCAAUCCUUAUUUUGGCGUUCGUCCAUUUUCUCUGUUUGAAUCUACUGGGACGAUGCUGCUGCACUCCUUAAGCAAAGGCCACUACAUAAAUACAGACCAUUACUGGGGACAUGCUCCGCUGCAAUCAUCAGGAAAAAUUUGUCUGUUAAUCACUCUGCAACAUAUUUUUCUGCUCCAAAAACCUCGACAAUGGGGUACUUGGGAAAUCGACUGGCUCAUCAGGAUUGAUGACAUAAUGCAAGUUCCUACGGUUAACGACCACAAACUUGUCCUCCAAGUUAGACAGGAUCAAAAUCUACCAUAUGCAUCCAGCAACGAAAUCAUUAUCCCUUGCGAUGACAACUCGACUCUUGUCUGGCUUCAGAAACAAAUAGAGGCAGUAAUUAUUCUGAGUAUGGAAGAUAAACCAUUUUCUGAUGUAGAAAUUGAGGAGGAAACCGCGUAAUAUCGUACAUUCAAACUGUUUAGAGGAGAUCUCUCUCCAAGGUCUCAUUCUUGAUCUCCAAAAAAAUUGUGUGUUAACCUGGUGUAAUCAGGUUGUACAAAAAAGAAAUUCUUUCCUCUUUUGAAGAUCGUUAGAUCCUCAAAACACCCAAAGAAGUAUUACUAGAUAUAUGAAGUAUUAGUCUUUAGAAAAAGUCUGUUUAAAGAAAUAAGACACAUUCUCAUGAAACAUGAAGAUGCUUUUUUUGCAAUUAUGUAGCAGAUUUCUUGUAAAAAUUAUAUACGGAGGGUGCUAAUUGUUGAAAUAAUUUCAUUGCAAUAGUGGUCAUUAUGGCCAUUUUAUCAAUUUGUUUCUUUUGCUUAAGUUUACUUUUAUUGCUUUGAAAAAGGGUUUGUUCCUCACUUGUUUGAUUAGCAAGUAGCGGUGCUCAUGUUAUACAUAGUAAUUUAUGACUGAAGAAAUGUAGUGCUUGAAUUGUGGUGUUGUUGCGCUCAAUAUUUCAUUUUUAAGGGUUUUAACAGAUCCAAAAUCUUACAGUUCUCAAUUAAUGAUCAUUACGACAUUUAUUUCAUGAAAUAGAGGACUUUUCCUCAUUUGAAAAAACCUCCAAGUAGAGGACUAAUGAAUUUCAUAAACGGUACGAGAGUCAUAACCCAUUUCUAUUUUGAAAUACAAUAUUUUUUCAUAGAUUUUGUGAUAAUCUCCAAGAGACUUCAAGCAUUCCCCUUUUAUUUUGCUUUGUUUAGUAAGUUGGGAACAUUUUUUUCACUUCUAAUUCGGAAGGAAAUUUCUUCUUUGAAACAAUUUUCUCCUUUUGUAAGGGCUUUUCAACCUUGAACGUUCAAAAUUUGCGUAGGCAUGCAGUGUGUUCUUUCAAAUCUGAGAAUUCUAAACUAAAAGGAGGUCUCUAAUGGAAGUGAUCAGGAAUUCACGACCUCAAAGCAGGUCAAUUUCAUGCCGAAGUUUUGUUUCGCUCCGUUUAAUCUUCUUUUGAGGAAAUUAAUCUUUCUUUCCUUGUCCCGACGGCUGUCGGAAGCUAUUAUUAAUUGUAAUGUGUUUUUUGUUCUGUACUUCUUUUUAUCGAAAGUACCUGUAGUAGUUGAUUUAGCUAGUCAGAUAUAUUUUUUUAUAAAAAAUUGCAACUUGUUUCUCCAUGGUUUCAGUCUAGACAAAUAAUUACAAUUCAAAAGAAAGAAAAUAACUAUUUUUACCUGGAAAUAUGAAUAAAAAAAUUCUGCAAAAAACCAAUGACUGAUGCAUUCUAAAGAUUUUUUCUGUAAAAGGGGGGCUCAUUCAUGUCUCUUUAGUGUGGGCUCAUUCGCUUGUGUAAGUUGAAUUCAACAGACAUAGGAGAGGAAGGCUAAGAAAAGUAGUCCUAAAAAUAAUUUUUGGCGUGAAAGGUGUAGUUUGAAUAAAACUUUAAGAACACUGUUUUGAAUCAAUGCAACGCUGAAAAUAGUAAUUGAAGUUUCAGCGAUUUUGACUAACAUUUUGGCAGCCGAUCAGCAGGCUGAUUUUUUUUUUUUGUACUGAAAACUGAAAAGAGGAUGCAGGACCGAUCUGCAAACUUCUCAGAACUAAUUUAGACAAUAAUUAAUUGAAGGUUUAAUUUAAUGUAACGUAAGUAAGGGUGAAAUUAAAUGACUCAAACUUGUUUUUAUUUUUGUAUAAUUCUGCUCAGUUUUCCUCAAACAUAAAAAAGUCAUUUAGCAAACGCGAUAGAAUCUUAUCACGGUGCUUGUGAAUUUAUUUUUCUAUUUGAAUAGAGGCGUUUUUAAGUCAAGAUGGCAGUGUUAUAGCCACAUUUCUUUGCAUCGCAAUCUCCAUUUUGAAGUAAAACUCCCAGCUUAAGCCGGAAUUCUAGAAAAAUUGCAAAACAAGUUAGAAAGAUAUAAAGAAAAGAUAAGAUAAUCGAGGUAAGAUUCAGGUAAUCCUAUGAAAAUGUAUUUUUUGUCAGUUUGGGUGUAGUUACGACUAUUUUUGAUCAUCUAUGAUUUUUAUUGAUUCGAAUUGACUCGGUUCUGGUCAAUCUAGGUAAUUAGAAGAUUCUAUCAUUGUUAAUCGAAUAAUUGUCUUAACCUCAUUAACUAUUGAUGGGAAAACCCACAUUUUUGUCUCGCAAAUUUCGGAGUGUUAACUUUCUUGAAUAUGGUCCUAAGAAGGAACAUUUUUGGUGAUGAUUCUCAAUAAGCUUACCGAUCAGUUGUAAAUGUUUAUCACAUCUCAAAGUAAUUUUCCUUAAAGGCCAAAAAUAUUGCCAAUUCUUCAUUAGCCUUUUUGUUCUUCGUUGUUUUUGUUUUCAAGUCUUUGUCUAUCAGAUUACUGAUUUAAUAUUUUUAAAUUGACGAAGUAGAAUGUUGCAAAUUUUUGAGUUGUCACUUUUGUUUAAGAGACAAAAAAGAGGAACCUUUUUGUUUGAUAUUUGUUUCUCAUCUGUUGAAAUAUUUUUAUUUAUUUAAGCCUUUGGCUUAUUUUUUCUCUUUUCUUAUAAUUGUUGGCGAAUUGGCUGAAGAGAUUUAUAUAUCUUUAAAAAAGUUCUUAUACCUUCUUGUUUCUUGGUUAUAUGUUUGAUGUUACUCUCUGUUAAACUAUUGUAAUGCGUUGUUAAACUCAAAUAAUGUAUUGGGGCAAACAUCGCCAGCGCCAAUUGAGGGCUACCCAAUCUCCACAGGACCAGUGUAAAAUGGUGCAAAUGAAUUGAAACUAUCACAAUACAAAUUAACUUUAGAGAUUUGAAAUUUUAUUCUCUCACCCAUUUCGUCAACAAUGAGAGAAGGAAGGGUAAUACAAAUGUAAAAUUCAGGGUUUGUGAUACUCUAUUGGCGCUUGUGAUUUUUCUAUUUCUGUUUCUUUUCUUGUCCCUCAUUUCUUUUUUGCUAUUUAAAUAAAACAUUAGAAAAACAA